AGUCAGAUAUCAGCUCGACGCUGCUUGAAUGCUCUUGCUAUGUGGACACAGGACAUCGGCAAACCAGUGUUCUUCUUCUGGACUACCAUGCAGGCACCAUACUAGUUCGUCAAUCGGUACCAGGUACCGUUGAAUCCAUCCAAAGUGGUCGCCACCGUCAACCAAUGGGAAAGAAAAGCAAACGAAUCAGGGCUGGCCUACCACAACCGCCCCAAAGGAGCAGCUCAAUUGCCUGGAAUGCCCUGAUAAUGGCUGGAUUGUGGAACUGGAAGAUGCCCUUACGGGUUCCAAGGAAAACCCUAGCAGCAAGAAGUCUCUGAGGGUGGCCAUGGCAGCAUGCCAAGUUCGGCAAUGGAACCGGUGUCUGGCAGCAUCUGAGCAGGGGCUGACACAACUCCCAUGUGAUGAUGAUGAUACUGAAACAAAAACGCAGUUGUUGCAGUAUAGAAAGCGAGCAAAUGAUGAAAUUGCUGGAGAGUCCCAGUCCUUGAAACACAGACAAGACAUUAAAGAUCUGCUGAAGUUAAUUAAAAAGGCCCUUGUAUGCUGCACGAGAAGAGGCUAGUUUCAAAAAGUACAGAAUGUGCAAAUGCACGACAAGUCAUGACGACGACCAAUCUGCAGAUCAAGCGACAACCACAGAACCGAAACGAAAGCACUUUGGGACAGUCUUGUGCAUGUGUCCAUUGAGCAAAUUCCAGUUGCAGAGUAUGACACAUUUGACAAUCUGAACUUUCUGCAAUACGCUGGUUUUAUGGGUGAUGUGCCUCUUCUAGAAGAUCUAGUCGCCUUGGGAGCCGCUAUUGAUGCCCCAGUUUUGGAAAAUGCCAAUGACACUGCUUCAGAUAUUGGAUCAGCCCCUGCAGGAACUACAGCCUUGUGCCUUCUUUGUGCCAUGCUUGCUGUGGAUGCUCAAACAAUGAAGAAUGCCACUACUGGUAGAUCUGCCAAAUUGAAGCAGGCGCUAAAAGGAAACCUGGAAUGUGCCAUAAUUCUUGUCAAAUGCGGAGCUGAUUGUUCUCGCAUACUUGGUGAGUCAGAUCACCAGCCAAAAUCCACAACAAGUGACCCGUUUCAUUUGCUGCAUCUCUACGGAAAAUCAGCCCGGCAAUUGGCAGAAUUAUCUAGGAAGAAAGAUCUCAUCCAGGCAAUGAAAGAAUUUGAGAAUAAGGAGGACAAGAUUGCCAAAGCAUAUUGUCGUUGUGGGAGUAGAUUGCCAUGGAAACAGUGCCACGAAGGAGACAAAGAAGUUCAAGCUCCAAUCUACAUGGAUAGCAAAGAUGAUGGAACAAGCGUGUAUUUUCGGUACUCACCUUUGGCAUCAUGUGUCUGCAAACGGGGGGAAACCUACUUCAACUGCUGCUGGUUUAGCUCUCCUGAGCCUCGAUACAAGAAUGAUGCCAAUGGUGGGCUGCUUGGAGUAAAAGCUGUGUAUCAUGAAGCAACCCUUCCGACCCUUCCAAGAAUGAUCAAUCGAAUGCACAUAAUACCUAAAGAGUUCGGCCUCAGAGUUGAACAUUCGCUCCUUUUGCCACAGUUUGCUGGCAUGACAUCUGCUCAGAUCCGUGAGAUGACCGCAAAGGACAUUCGAUUAAUGGGGUCGUCUUCACUUGCAGACCAUGCAAACCCGAAGAGUAAGAUUGGUACUUGGGCUCCAGAUGUGUAUGAUGGCUGUAUUGAACGCCUCGAUAAACUCUUCUGGUGGAGUGACAUCCAUUGGGAAGUAAACGAAGGAGAAUUGCUCAACAGGGUAGAAGAGUGGAAUGGUGCUCUGGCUCAAUAUUGUGACGACAAAGGGCUUGAAGGAAAUCAGCGCGAAGCCACAAUUCGUCGUCAUGCUGCCAGUCACUGUGCUCCAUGCGCCAACCCGCAAUGCACAGCAUUUGAGUCCACAGUGAAGGAGUUUGGACGGUGCACACAGUGCAAGUCUGUGGCCUACUGCUCGACCCGUUGUCAAAAGAAGGCCUGGAAAGCGCAUAAGAAGGAGUGCAUCAAGAUACUCACCUACUCUAAACCCCCGUCAAUGCAAAAUCAAGAAACUAGAUAAUGUUGGUUUUGUUUGGCGAGUGAGGAAGUGAUAAAGGACGGUACCAUCUGGCUGGUCUAGCAUCAUCGUCGUACAUGUAAUGAUUUUCCUAUCCAUAGUAGAUCUAGUAGAUUUUAUUAUGUAA